AUGGCUGAUCCACGGCUGGAAAGACAGUUGCGAUACUAUUUCAGUGACAAGAACCUCUGGAAGGAUGAGUGGUUGGUAAACCAGCUUGGUGCUGAGGCAACUGACUACAUUUCUGCUGAUAUCAUUGCGGGGUUCAAUCGGGUACAGCAAAUCACAAAUGACUUGGACCUGGUCGUAUCAAGCCUGCAGAGGAUUGAGGAGCUUGAGGUAAGCGAGGUGAAUGGGAAAGUCCAGGUCCGGCGGAGAUAUCCGCUUCCACCAAAGCCGCAAGUCGAAAUGGAUGCACCUUGCAAUGACACCGUUGCUGAUGAGCAGGAACUUCAAGUGGCUUCCACACCUGUUCCCGAUGAGCUCGGAAACCUUGCUUCCGCGGACGAGUUUUUUCUCACUGGUUUUCGCAAAGUGCCCAAGACUGGUGUCAUCUAUGUUAUGGACGAAGCCAGCAAAGCCGGCUACUCUGCUUCAACUGCGCAAGUAUGGGCCAACUUAGGACAAGGAUCCCCAGAGACCACCAGGGCUAAGAACUGGCCUACAAACGUGAGGAAGCGCUUGACGGAGCUGGUCGAGAAGGGUAAGCUGACGUCCGAACUGGGCCCCUUCCACAUAAAGUCGCUCGAAGUGAACGAGGAGAAUCUGCACUACGGCAGCGUCAACGGUGACUGGGCUUUGCGUCGAGCCGUGGCUGGCUUCUACAAUGAAGUAUAUCGCAAAGGGAAGAGCUCCCUUUACUCUGCGGAAAAUGUAGCGAUAGUUGGGGGGGGGCGUCUCGCCCUCACACGACUGUGCUGUGCAAUGGAUAACGUCAACUUGGGCCACUUCCUGCCGGACUACACGGCAUAUGCUGAGCUCCUGAGCCAGUUCAAAACCAUCAACUCCAUUCCGAUUCCUCUGGAUCCCAAGAACAACUUCCGGAUCACAUUGCAGGAUCUCCGUCGCGAAAUUGUUGGACGCGGCCUUUCAGUUCUGCUUCUGUCGAACCCCUGCAAUCCGACUGGUCAACUUGUGGAGGGCGAAGAGCUCAAGAACUGGGUUCGCAUCGCCAGGGAGACGCAGUGCUCCAUAGUCUUGGACGAGAUCUACUCACGGUAUAUAUACACACAGCGCAUGUCUCCAACGGAUGCGACGUGGCGUACUGUUUCGGCAGCUCAGUUCGUGGAGGAUGUGAACGCGGAUCCAAUAAUCAUUCUCGACGGGCUAACAAAGUGCUGGAGAAUGCCUGGUCUGCGGAUUUGUUGGAUCGUUGGCCCGAAGUCCUUGAUCGACUCUGUUGGUGCAGCUGGGUCUUUCCUGGAUGGUGGUCCGUCGCUUCCAACACAGCGGUCUUGCGUCCCGCUGGUAAACCCAAAGGACGUCAUUGAGCAGACAAUCAUGCUUCAGGUGCUUUUCAGUCAUAAGCGGGACUUCCUUCUUCGAAGGCUGCAGGACAUGGGCAUCGUUGUGGAACAACCGCCGCAGGGUACGUUCUAUUGUUGGUGCGACAUCUCCAACCUGCCUGCUCCCUUGAAUAAGUGCUGGGGCUUCUUCCGCGAGUUGCUGCGCGAGAAGGUCAUUAUCACACCGGGCGUUUUCUUCGAUGUGAAUCCAGGAAGUCGCAGGAAGUUCAACAGCUACGACUCCUUCAUCCGGCUCUCCUAUGGGCCAAGUUUCAAGGAGGUGCAGCGAGGCCUUGAUGGCAUGCAGCGUGUGAUUGAGCGGCAUCGCAUGAAGCGUAUCGAAGAAGACUCUGCUAGCACACGCUCCUUUGGGAUGUGA